AUGGCGCUAAUCGAAUGUGAGUUACGAGAAAAGCGCGCGCGGGAUGAUUCGAAACUCAAAAAUAGAACAUCCAUCGCAAAACGGAAAUGGGGGACGGAUGUUUGGUUCCUGUUAGUGAUCUUUGUUACCGGUUGCCAUGGUUACGAGGAACAGAGGUUCGCGAUGGAGCCACAAGAUCAGAGCGCAAUCGUUGGCUCCCGAGUAACGCUACCAUGUCGAGUUGAACAUAAGGCUGGGACCCUGCAAUGGACCAAAGAUGACUUUGGUCUCGGAACCCAUAGGAAUUUGAGCGGCUAUGAACGAUACUCCAUGAUUGGGAGUGAUGAAGAAGGUGACUAUUCUUUGGAUAUUCGCGACCUGACAUUAGAAGACGAUGGCAAUUAUCAGUGCCAAGUUAGUUCGGGACUUAAUGGUGUUCCAGCAAUUAGGUCAAGAUACGCUCAUCUCACAGUAUUAGUGGCACCAGAUCCACCAAGGAUACUUCAAGGAGCUUUCAUAGAUGCGACAGAGAAUCAGCCAGUUGACAUCGAAUGUGUGUCUGAGGGUGGAAAACCGGCUGCUGAGAUAACAUGGGUUGAUGGUAACCAGAAUGUGAUCAGGAACGGUGUCGAGAAUAAGGUCGAACAGCUGCCAGACGAACAAAGAUAUAGGACGAGGUCACUAUUGCGGUUGAUACCGAGUAUAGCCCACCACAAUCAAACAUUGACUUGCCAAGCUCAGAAUACAGCAGACCGAGCGUACCGAAUGGCCACAAUACACAUUGAAGUGAAAUACGCACCAAAAAUAAACGUGAGCGUAAAGUAUGGUGCUGUAAAUGGCAAAUUUCCAGAAGGUUCCGAGGCCAGAUUUCGUUGUCUGGCUGAUGCGAACCCAGCUGCCCAGGUGUAUCGCUGGUACAUCAACAACAACCCUGUUAUUGGGGACUAUGCUGAUGAAAUGAUAAUUUUCAACGUGUCCCGAAAGCAUAAUAAGGCGGUUGUAAAAUGUGAAGUUAGCAAUUCCGUCGGGAAAAAUGAGGCUUCGUUGACUUUAAAUGUCACUUAUCCUCCAUCAUUUAGGACCCGACCUCGGAACAUAGAAGCGGAGAUCGGUUCCAGUGUAACCCUGAGCUGUGACGUGGAUGGGCAGCCUCAACCGGAAAUCCGUUGGCUAUUUCAUGAACCAGCUCGCAUCGGGCAGGUUAAAGGGAAAGCUCCCAACUUGAAGGUGUUUGUGGAGGAGGCAACAGCUGGACGCUACAUCUGUAAAGCCAGUGUAGAAGGUUACCCUGAGAUUGAGAGCGAAGCUACUAUAUUUAUCAAAGGUCAACCAAAGAUAUUAUCGAACAGGACUCAAGUAGGGUCUGAGGGCGAGACAGUGUCCAUAGAAUGUGAAGCACUCUCAGUUCCCAAACCAGAUGACAUAAGAUGGUACUUUGAAGGGAAAGAGAUUAAUUUCAUACAAGAUCCCGACUACGCAACGAAACUAGACGAAUCAUCGGACGGAGUUGUAAAGUCGAGUUUAGUAAUUCGACAGAGCCAGUCCAAACACUACGGAAUGUACAAUUGUAGUGUGACUAACGAAUACGGCAAUGCUAAUGCCGCUAUAACACUAAAACCACUCAAAACAUUGCCCCUAUUUAUAAUAAUAACGGGAGUGACAUCAGGUAUCAUAUUCUUCUCUGCCUUCAUUGUGCUCGUAGUACUUUGCCACAGGCGGAGAAGACAGAAGACACAGAUUAACGAAAAACCAGAUGUGACAGUGACAGGUGAUCCAUAUAACAAAGAAAGUGAUAGAAGCUCGAAUAUCAGUGACUUGAAAUUACAAUUGCCUCAGGGGGACAGUUAUGAUUUGGAGUACACCAGUUCAGAUCGUUCGGAUUCAAAGAAUCCCAACGGUUUGCCGCUGGCUGGACCAGUAGCACUCCCAACGAUACGACACGAUGAUCCGAUGUUGCAAUUCCGUUAUAGCAACGAUUACUCUGACCAAAGUUACGGAGACCAUUACUUUAAAAACCCAGGUGCUUACGUAUACGACUACCCGCAAGGAUAUGUGCCGCCUCCACAUUUGAGAGUGCAAUCGCCACCACAACUUGAUGUGCCGUCGACGAGAUCUCUACAAGGUUCGCUGACGCGCAGCAUCGACACGGCAUCAACGUUGCCGCUGUCAAACGGCAACGGAUCGCAGAAUAAUUCAUUGCAACGUCCUAAACCGGAAGCAACGGACGCUAUCAAUAAUUUAGGACUGCCCGUCGGCGGGGAAGGUCCACAAGUGCCAGUGCCCCCACAGACGGGUAAAACCGGGGUAGAUUUGCGGUAUGCCGCCACUUACGGCAACCCGUACCUUAGAAAUAGUUCACUUGGUUACCCCGUACAUACAGCAAAGCCUGGAUCGACGCCUGCGCCGCCGCCUUACUCAGCAAUAAGAAAUUCCCAGCACAUGCCGUCAGGUACAUAA